UGAAAAUGGACACAACACCAGACGAUGUCUCUGAUAUACAGACAAACAUGGACACCAAGUCAAAAAUGACAGAUUUCCAAAGUAUGGAUAAGGCCACACAGCCUCCACAAAAGGAAACAGAAAUUCAAAGAAGAGAAUAUGACCAAGAACAAUCAGCUUCAAGUACAAGGCGGGAUGGUGAGUCCCCUCAGAGCCUAUUACCAAGGCAAAUAGGCCCGUCGGAUAAGGAACCUGGUCAUGAUUUUGACAACGAAUCACAGGAGAAAAUGGUAAACGUGUCUGCCAGUCAAAGUCACAAAUGGUCUCUGGAUGAUUUGGAAAUAUUCCAACAUCCCAUGUGCAUGAUCAGCGCCUUAAGUGUAACAAACGAUAUAGGAGAAGAAACUAAAAUACUUUUAAAGAGCGAAGACAAAGUGUUUGAUCAAAUAAAAAAGAUAGAUUUACCUAUGGUUGUUGUUGCCAUCGCAGGUUUGUACAGAACUGGAAAAUCGUAUCUAAUGAAUCGUCUGGCUGACACGAGCAAAGGUUUUGCGCUUGGAAAUACAAUUGAAUCAAUGACGAAGGGCAUUUGGGCAUGGUGUAAAAUACAUCCCACUAUGCCGAACACUGUUUUGCUGCUUCUUGAUACCGAAGGACUUGGUGAUGUUGAAAAGGGUGACCAAAGUCAUGACAACAAGAUCUUUACUCUAGCGACACUCCUUUGCAACUGUUUAGUUUACAAUAUGAAGGGAGCGUUUGAUAACGACGCCGUCUCUAAACUCACAUUUGUAACAGAAAUGGCAAGUAAUAUAAGAUUUCGGGGACAAUCGUCUGAUGAUAAUCAAUCGAUCAAUCUAAUACUUCCUGACUUCGUUCUCUGUUUGAGAGAUUUCAGUCUCAAAUUGAUAAAAGAUGGGAAAAAGAUAACAGAAAACGAAUACCUUGAUCUAAGUUUAGCGGAGAAAAAAAGCAAAGCAGACCAGUUCAACAAACCAAGAGCGUGCAUCAAAAAAUACUUUACAAGACGCGAGUGCUUUGCUUUUCCAGUUCCAGGUGAUGGUGAUGUUCUUGAGAAUCUUGAAACGUUGAGCUUUACCCACUUAUCUACUAGGUUCAAGGAAGUAACUACUCGAUUUACUUCCUAUAUAUACAAAAUACCACCGAAGGAAUUGCUUGCUAGUAAACCAAUAAAUGGACAAAUGUUUGUAACAUUGGCUGAUCGCUACGUCACAGCUAUCAAACACGGUGCAAUUCCAGAUGUUGAUGAUGCAUUUACAGCUGUAGCGAAAAUAGAGAACGCUAAAGUUGAAAAAGAGGCUCUAGACAUCUUUAAAAAUGAAAUGGAGAAAGUAAUGCUGCCAGUUUCAGAAAGUGAUUUGGGGAAACGUUACACAGACGCACAAAAGAAAGCACUAGAUUAUCUUCGCAAAAAUGCUGUGCUUGACACCCAAGCAAAAUGUCAAAUUCAUGCUCAGAGGAAAAUGGAUGCAAUUUGGGAGCAGAUAAGAAGUACUAAUGAGCAAAAAGUUCGAGACAAAUGUGAGAAUACAUUGAGCAAUUUGUUUGGCAAAUAUCUUGAAAAGAAUUUAGAAAAUCGAGUGUAUGAAACAGCAGGUGGUCAUCAAAUAUAUAAGAGUGAUGUUAAAAGAACCAAAGAUGAAUAUUUCAAUGUACUCAGAGACUUCAAGGAGAACGAGAUUUUACCUGCAUGGUAUGGAUAUGUAGAAAGUAUGACCACACCUGAAGCAAAAAUAAUUGAAGCUGAUAAAAACAUGUCACAGAUAGAGAAAGAAGCUGAGCAAAGACGAAACCAAGAGAAACUGGACAGAUUAUGGAAACAACAAGAAAAAGCUCAAGAAUACGCGUUCGAAAAACAGAUAAAAGAUUUAAAAGAUCAUUACGAAAAGCUAGAUCAAGAUCGUCGUAAACAGCAAGCAGCAGAAAAAGAAAAGUAUGAAGCAUUGGUGAAAGAAAAGUUGGAAAAAGAAGCAGCACAAAAGGAAGCUGAACGCUACAAACUUGAACAAGAAGCUGCAGAUAAAGAAGCUAAACGCUAUAGAAAGGAACAAGACGACGCACGUGAGGAAGCUGAGCGUUUAAGAAAGGAAAAAGAAGAGAGAAAGCAAGAGUGGGUUUGGACAAGAGUGUGGAAAGCGUUCUGGAAUAUAUAAGACAUACACAUUUUGUUUUCGUGGUGACACUGCGAACGUUUUCAAUUAAGUAGUUACACACGUUUUUAUGUCGACAAAUGGUAUUAUAUCCAUUUAAUUUAACUUUACGUUGCAUAACUAUAAAGAGGCGUUCAUUGUAUCGAGCUCAUAUUUGA